CGGCGGAGCGGCGGCGGCGGCCGGGCGGCAUGCGAUGGGGAACUGUUGCUGGACGCAGUGCUUCGGCCGGCUCCGCAAGGAAGCGGGGCGGCUGCCGCGAGUAGGCGGAGGAUCCAAAUACUUUAGAACAUGCUCUAGAGGUGAGCACUUAACAAUAGAGUUUGAGAAUCUAGUAGAAAGUGAUGAAGGGGAGAGCCCAGGAAGCAGUCAUAGGCCUCUUACUGAGGAAGAAAUUGUUGAUCUGCGAGAGAGGCAUUAUGAUUCCAUUGCUGAAAAGCAGAGAGAUCUUGAUAAGAAAAUCCAAAAGGAGUUAGCCUUACAAGAAGAGAAGUUAAGACUAGAAGAGGAAGCUUCAUACGCUGCACAGCGUGAAGCAGCCAGGGCAGCAAAGCAGCGAAAGCUCUUGGAGCAAGAAAGGCAGAGAGUGAUGCGAUACCAUCCUCCCAGCAACGGAGACUGUCAGAGUUCAGGACCAGAAGAUGACUUUGAAUCUUGUUUGAGAAAUAUAAAGUCACAGUAUGAAGUUUUUCGAAGCAGUAGGCUCUCAUCAGAUGCCACAGUAUUGACACCAAAUACAGAAAGUAGCUGUGACUUAAUGACCAAAACUAAAUCAACUAGUGGGAACGAUGACAGCACAUCCUUGGAUCUAGAGUGGGAAGAUGAAGAAGGAAUGAAUAGAAUGCUUCCAAUGAGAGAACGUACCCGAACAGAGGAAGACAUUCUCCGAGCUGCACUCAAGUAUAGCAGCAAAAAGACUGGAAGCAAUCCUACAUCAGCCUCUGACGAUUCCAACGGACUAGAGUGGGAGAAUGACUUUGUUAGUGCCGAAAUGGAUGAUAAUGGCAAUUCUGAGUAUUCUGGAUUUGUGAAUCCUGUAUUGGAACUGUCUGAUUCCGGCAUAAAACAGUCAGAUGCAGAUCAGCAGAUUCGAUAGGAUAAAAUUAUAUGAUCCUAUUUAUGUUAUGACCAAAUGUUAAAAACCAUCUGGAAUGUAUAAAUGGUGUGCUCAGCCUUGUAAGGCAGAAGUACGAAACCAUGUUGUACAUGCUUAUUUUAUUAGAGAAGAAUAGGGAUGAUAAGAUAGACCUGAAAUGCUUCAGAAUUAAGUGCAAUUUUAUCAUCUGCCUUCUGCUUUUCAAGACCAGUUUAAUGGGUCUGUCAUGUUAUUAAUUAAAUUAAUUUUAACUCUUUAUAGCACUACUGGUUUACUCUUGUAUAUUUACAUAUUUUAAAAUCUUCAUUAAUUUUGUUUUGAAUGUUUUACUGCUGAGCCUAUAUCAUUAUUUUAUAACUAUGAAAAUGUUAAAAAGUACUUUUGGUUAAUUCUCAAAUAUGACAGGGGCACAGGAUAGCUAGUCAAGUUCUUAGAUUAAUCUUCCCUUUUCCUGCUUUAUUCACUUCUGUGACUUCUUUGUGUUUUGUUAUAUAAUAGCACAGUUAAUCUGGAUAAACAAAGAAAUGCUCAAGUAUCAGUUUCUUUCCAUGCCUGUUACUUAAUCCCAGUGUGAAGAUGUUGAUUCAGUCUUACCAAAAGAUAAUAUAAAACAAGCUCUCAGACUAAACGUUGUAACUGGGUGGUGAUGACAAAUAAUAUUUGAAAAUAUAUGGAUUUAGGUUUUUCUUUUUACAUGCCACUAUAUUGACUUUUAAUUGAUUUCUUAAGUUUUUAGCUGUCAUUAUUUUAAGUUAUAUACUUCCAGUGAAUGAUCUUAGAUUUUAUACAGAACAUAUCUGAAUGAUUUAAGAAAGGAAAACGUUAAAAGGUAAUACGGGUAUUUAAAAAUAAAAUCCUUUCUGGUAUGAAAGGUUCCAUUGAUUUUAUUACGUUUUCCUUUGCCUCGUAGUACAAGGUGCUUUCCUGGGAUGGAAUUAAGUAUGUCUGUCUGUCUGUGUGUGUGUGUGUGUGUGUAUAUAUAUAUAUAUAAACUGCAUUUUGUGAUGGACAGUUAACUUUCUUAGAGUUUAUGUAUCAGUAUAAAAGCCCAAGCCUGUAAAGCUUUCCUUGAUUUAGCCAAGAAUUGAGUGUGAUUUUUAGCAAGCAAACUGUUCAGGGGUUUUCCUUAGUAUCUUUCUUUCCUUCUCUUGCAACAAUGACAGUGCAUGUUCUCAAACCAUAGGAAGGUCCAGAUCUAAUAGCAACUUCAAGUUCGUGCUAUAUUUAGGAAAAAUCAUGUGGCCCUUUCACUAUUUGAACUGCUAGGCAAUGACAACUAUAGGUUUUUUGUCCAUUUUAAAUUUCAUAUAAUCAAAAACAACACUUCAGUAUGUAAAUAUGACACAUUAGGUAAUGCUGUUAUUUAUAUCUGUCUUAACCUAAUUUAAAUUGUUGCUAUGUCAUUGGAAAUAUUCUAAAGGUACUCUAUUCAAAUUGCCUGUGUUACUGCUUUGUAAGGUUUAUAUACAUCAGAUGUAUAUUUUUGGUUUGGCAUAAGUUACUCUUGUAAUAUUUCUUGGCUUUUUGUUCAUAAGGAAUUUUCUGAAGGAAUGGUAACUUCUCAAGGAUUGUGAAUAAAUACAUUUUUACAUUUAAAA